GCUCGGCUUUUAGGCCUUCAGCCUGCACCUACACACCCCAAACCCUGCACACAGCGUCUCCACAAACAAGGGGACCCCCCAGUUUUCUGGGGCCAGGCGCCUCCCCUGGAGCAGGCACCACCCAGCAAGCAGCUCAGCGGGAAAAGAGCUGGGCGUGGCGGGGGGGAGGGGGUACGAGCUGCUUUCCGUUUCCUUGUAGCGUUGAUUGUGGGAGAGCAGCGAUGAAGCCGGUGGUCCCAUGGGGGCUGGAGAAGCUGCUGCUCGUCGGCUCUUUCCUGACACAUAUCUACUGUGAAGAGAAAGUGUUUGGCAUUUUGGGAGAAAAUUUUACUUUUCCAGUAAAAGCAGACAAUAAAAUAGACGAAGUUAUUUGGACAAAAGACAAAGACAAAGUGGCUGAAUGGGAAGCGCAAAGCGAACCAACGUAUUUUAAUUCCCUCCGGAGUAGAAGCUUGCUUAACAAGGAGAGUGGGAACUUGACCAUAUUUAAACUGGAGAACAGUGAUAGUGGAACAUACGAAUUAGAACGUUUUUCUAGUCAUAAAGAAAAUGGUGUCUUUACAUUUAAGCUUACCGUGUUAGAUGCCCCUUCUGAGCCUCAAAUAAAUUGCAGCUUGAGUGAUGACAACUUAAUGCUAACAUGUGAAGCAAAUUUCCAGGGGCCUCUGAGUUAUGUUUGGAAGAUCACUGGCAGGGAAACUUCCACGGGCCCGAAGGUUUUGAUCCCUAAAGAGAAUGUUGAUACUGGGGGAAAAGCUACAUGUAUCGUUACAUACUUCGAAGUUAGUAAGAGCUCCGAAAUCACUUUGGAUCAGUGUUCUCCAACUUAUCAAGGAUACAGUUCUCCAAAAAGAAGCAGACCAGGGCUUAUUAUUGCCGUUGUUGCCUUUCUCUUCGUUGGAGCUGGGCUAAUAUACAUGUUCAGAAAAAAAGCUAACUGUGGAACAGGAGGAGCUGAUCAGACGAAUGCUCCAGGAGCAGAUCAUCUACUUGGAGACAAAAACAUAGAUGGGGAGGAAGACAAAAGUGAAGCAAAUGGUGGUAGGCCUGGAAAUGAUAACGUAGCUGCAUCUAUACAACCUUCUGACACUGUGGAAGAAGAGACAGAAGGAGGUAAGGAGUGGGACAUGAGGACACUGUGGAGGAGCCAGAAUCAAACGCCACAAAUAAUUGACUUGUGGACCAAACAAUGUUUUGACCUAAUGGGAGAGAAUUCAACGGGGGAAGACCACUAUCAUUCCUCUUGGAGGUUUUCCAGAAGUACUGAAGUCAUCUGCAAAGAAAUGUUUUGAAGGCUAGUUGAACUGAGGAAAAACUGCCUGGUUUUCUUCCCUCGUAAUGGAUAACCUCCUUUUCUUCAUGCUGCAUGAAGAUAAACAGCCUGAGUCGUGAGCAGCAAUCUCUACUAUACAGUUUUGUAUCAGUUUUUAAAUGAAGAGCAUCUACUAACAAAAACACGGCCAAGGAUUUUUUUAUACCUGUUGUGUAGCACUAUCAAAGAGCCCAGGCUGGAAGAGACUUUGAAAAAUCAUCAAGAACAACCUGUUGAAGUGCCUUUUAGAUACUAAAGAAGGUCUAUUUAUGCACGUUCAAACAUAUAUAUAUCAAAAACUAAUUAGCUUUCUGUGCAACUACUGGAUCAGUGUAUUUUACAGUCAGAAGAAAGAUGGUUCAUUCCUCAGAAGUUCCAGAUGGAUCGCAAUUGGAACUUGCUAGUUUGGGUUCCCCAGCAGGAACUCAGUGAUACAGAUAAGUAUUCUCAAAGAAAAUUAUGUCUUGGAGUCAACGGAAGACUGGCAAGCUGUGAUCAUUUCCAGUGGUGGUUAUCUUUAAGACAGAGCUACAACUCAAUUUAUUCUCGCAUUAGAACAAAGCUGCCUCUAUUAGCACUGUUUUGUAUUUUUUGACCUUGAACUUCUGAUAUUCUUUGCACUUUCAGCUUUUUGGGGGGUUCUUUUAUGUCUUAACUGCUGCUUCACAUUAUUCUAGUAGAAUGUCAGUCUAUCCAUUUCUAAAGAAUACUAACAUGCUUUUGUCUCCAGCCAUGAGCAAACUAAAACUUGAAAACUGAGCUCAUACAAAUACUGAAGCUCAAAAAGAAACAAAGAGGAAAAGAAUACCAUGUAUUCGUGUUUUCAAAUCAUCAACCUGUGAAGCAUGUUUCAUGAAUGCUGCAGGCUGGAUGUGUUUAUUGCAUUUUGAAAACCAUUGCAGUUGAUUUUGAAAUGGGCAUAUGUAAAUAAUCGAUUAGGUUUCUUAGUCAUAACCAAAAAUCAGAAAGUUCUCUUUUGUCUUCCUUAUUGGACCGAGCAUUUAUUGCAGGGCAGAGAUCAAAUUAUCCCCCGUGUAGUGGUGUAGGAACAUCCAUGCUGUUAGUAAUUGAGUAUUACUCAAGACUUCGACCUGUAGUCAUCCAGAAGUGGAAGAGAUUCUGGCAUAUUGCUGAGUUCUGCUAUGUUGCCUUGUCUGUGUAAUGCUCGAGCCAAAUAGUUGAUCAAAUCUCUCUGUCUGCUUUUGGUUCCUGCAGUCAUGUUUAAUGAAUCAGUCCUGCGUGGUGCAAUGUUCAGUCCUCAAGUUUACGAAUAAGGUGGUGAGAAGACUGUCAACAGAAAGGAGCCUAUAGCAGUAUUAGAAAUUAUAGGGAAAAUUUUAAGUUUGAUGGGACCUCAGGAGUUGAUGUAGUGCAAACUCCUGCUUAAACCUGGGUCAGCACUGAAUUGAGACUAAGUUACUCUGCUUCACCUAGUCUGGUCUUGAAAACUUGCAAAGAUGGAGACUGUACAGCCUCUCUGUCAACCCUUUUCAUUGUCUGGCUUUCCGUGGUGGAAAAACUAUUUCCUUAUAUCCAGUCUGAAUCUCUGUUGUUUCAACUUGUGUCCAUUAUCUCUUGUCUUCCCACCAGGUAUUGCUAAAAAAAAAAAAAAAAAACAAACCUGUCACCAUCUACUUGAUCAUCUUGUAGGUGUGGGAAAGCUGCUGUUAUUUACCCCCUAAAGCUUACUCUUCUGCAGGUGCAAAUUACUCCUCACAGUGCAAAUGCUCUAACCCUCUGACCACCUUGGUCAGUCUUCACUGAAUUUGACUGAUGUCUUGUUGAAGGGGACAAAAACUGGAUGUACCACACCAAAUGCAGUCUAGUGAAUGCUGAGUGGAGGGGAAUAAUCACGAAAUUGGAGAAUAUCCUGAGCUGGGAGGGACCCACGGGGAACAUAGAGUCCAAAUCCUGGCUCCGCACAGUGCAACCUAAGAAUUAAACCAUAUAUUUAAGAGUGUUGUCCAAAUGUUUCUUGAUCACUGACAGGCUUGGGGCCAUGAAUGCUUCCCUGGGGACCCUGUCCCAGUGCUUGACCACCCUCUCAGUAAAGAACCUUUUCCUAAUAACCAAUCUGAAGUUCCCCUGACACAGCUUGAUGUCUUACCACUGGUCACCAGAGAGAUCAUCACCUCCCUCUCUACUACCCCCUCAUGGGGACAUUGUAGACAGCAAAGAGGUCACCCCUCAGUCUUCUCUAAACUGAAUAAAUCAAGUGUACCCAGCUGCUCCUCAGUAACUUCAGGUUAGUGACUUAUGGCUAAGCACCUAUUAUAUGAGGACAGGCUGAGAGAGCUGGGCCUGUUUAGCCUGGAAAAGAGAAGGCUGAGGGGAGACCUCAUCAAUGUGUGUAAAUAUCUGAGGGGAGGGUGUUGAGAGGAAGGAGCUGGUCUCUUUUCGGUUGUGCCCAGCAGCAGGAUGAGAGGCAACGGGCACAAACUAAAGCACAGGAGGUUCUGGCUGAAUAUGAGGGGCACUUUUUCACUGCGAGGUUGACAGAGCACUGGGACAGGCUGCCCAGAGAGGUUGUGGGGUUUCCUUCUCUGGAGAUAUUCAGAACUCACCUGGAUGCCAUCCUGCACAAUGUGCUCUAGGUGGUCCCACCUAACAGGGGGGUUGGACCAGGUGAUCUCCAGAGGUCCCUUCCAACUCCAGCCAUUCUGUGAUUCUGUGAAAUCUACUUAUUUCAUCGUCAUAGAAGGCAGUCAGAUAGGUUAGAAACAAUUUACCCUUGGCAAAUAUAAACUGGCUCUUCCCAGCUCAUUUUUCUUCACAAACCCAGAAAUGUGUCCCAAAAGAACCACCUACCUGGUUCUCCCAGGGCUGCAAAGGAGACUGUAGGUUCCUAGGUUGACCUUUUGGGCCUCUUUGAAGAUGGAUGCAACAUUUUCAUUUUUUCUAGUUGUCGGGGACUUCCCUGAUAGCCAUGGCCAGUGAUGAUAACACUUUCAGAGUGACAUCAACAAGCUCUCACGGCACCCUUGAGCACAUCUGAUCAAAGUCCUGUGGACUGGUGUGGAUCAAGUUCUCAGGUAAUCCCUGACUGAUGGUGGUUUUUCCUGAACCCUUUGCCUAAGCUCAGAGCCUAUGAAAUCUUGUUAAUGAAGAUGAGGCAAGAAAGGUAUUAACUAAGUCUUCUCUGUCCAAUAUCCCUAAAUCACCCACCUGGAUUCAGGAAUGGGUCCACACUUUCCUUGUUUGCUCGAUUACAGUUAAUACAGCAGCAGAUCCUGCUCUUGUUGAUGUCCUUUGCAAGUCUCAGAUAUAGUUGAGUUUUGGCUUUCCUGGAAGCAUCCUUACCUGAAUCAUCAGUGUUCCUAAAUUAUGUGUGUGUGUGUAUAUUUUUAUAUAUGUAUGUGUGUGUGUGUAUAUAUAUAUCUAAAACUUGCAUGGAAGACUAGUUCUUCCUACUUGCUUUCCAUACUGCACACAUUUGUGUAUGUGCCUUUGAGAUGGGCCUCCUUUUGCCCCUUUUUUUUCAUUUUUUUGCCUUCUAAGGUUCCAGUCACCCUGUAUCUUUUACUUUGGACCCCUGUCCAGUACUACCUAACUGUGGGUUGUGAGCUCCCUUGCCAUCAUUCCUAUUUUAGAGCUUUCCUCGUGAAGUUGGCCAGCCUGUUGACAAAUGUGUGUUUGUUGACAAGCUCUGCAGGACUUUUAAGCUCCUCCUGUGUGCUUUUACUGGUACUGAAACCGCAUUAUUAGUUACUAAGGGUAUGAAGGGGGUCUACGAUCACCAGGCUGAGUGGUGCAGUUGAUACAACAGAAGGAAGGGAAGCCAUCCAAAGGGACCUGGACAAACUUGAGAACUUAAUAUGGUUCAACACGUCCAACUGCAAGGUGCUGCACCUGGGUCAGGGCAAGCCCAGACACGAGGACAGACUGGGAGAAGAACUCAUUGAGAACAGCCCUACAGAAGACCAGGGAGUGCUGGUGGAUGAAAAGCUUGACAAAGAUGGUCAGAGGGCUGGAGCGCCUCUUCUAUGGAGAAAGGCUGAGAGAGCUGGGGGUGUUCAGCCUGGAAGGCUCUGAGGAGACCUCUUUGAAGCCUUUCAGUACUUAAUGAGGGCUUUUAAAACAGGUGGGAAGCAACUUCUUACUCAGGCUGAUAAUGACAGGACAAGGGGGAAUGUUUUUAAACUACAAGAGGGGAGAUUUAGAUCUGGGCUAUCUUCUGACUGUAAAUAUGUUUUUUAUAAUUUAUUAAAAAAAAUAUAUAACAAUGUGAA